CAGCAGAAACAGCAGCAGCAGCAGCAGCAGAGUGAGGAAGGGAAGUGUGAUCUGCCUAACACACGCGUCUGACGAGCAGCAGAUUAUAAUCCUCCUCACAGGUCUGAUCUCACGAUGGCUCAAGGCUGCCUCAAGUGUUUGAAGUUUGUCAUGUGUAUCGCCAACUUGUUGUGUUUUGUGUGCGGCGUGUCAGUGAUCGGCUUAGGCGUCUACAUGAUGAUGAACUUGGGAAUGCGCGAGUUCACGCUGCUGUUGAUCAACGGCAAAGUGGCACACAUGCUGCUGAUCAGCGGCAUCGUCAUCACCUGCAUCUCCUUCCUGGGCUUCCUGGGAGCGCUGAAGGAGAACCGAUGUCUGCUGCUCAUGUACUUCCUGCUGUUGUUCCUCCUGAUGUUGGUGGAGUUGACUGCAGCCUGUUUACUCCUCAUGUAUGAGAAUCAGAUUGCGCCUACGGUGGAAAAGGAGCUGACUGAACAACUGAAAAAAGCUCAAGGACACGCAGGAAACUCCACCAGUGGGCAGUGGGAGCUGGUUCAGACUCAAGUGAGCGGGUGGUGGGACCCUGUUCAGACUCAGCUGAACUGCUGUGGAGUCCACAACGUGUCGGACUGGAAGAACGCGGUGCCGAAGUCGUGCUGCCAGAAAACUUGUGACGUCCCCAAACCUCCAUACAGAGAAAAGGGUUGUUUUGACGCUCUGAAGAUGCAGUUUGAAGAUAAUUUUCUCAACAUUGGAAUCUCUGUCAUUGUUAUCUGCAUCGUUGAGGUUCUGGGGAUGUGUUUCGCGAUGACGCUCUUCUGCCACAUCAGCAGAUCUGGACUCGGUUAUAAAUUAUAAAAAACCGCUGUCGCUCCCUGACUGACAAAUGUACGAGGACGUCUGAGGAUUCUGAUGAAAACAAUGUUACCACGGCAACGACAGUGACCCUCAGCGAAACGCGUCACUAAAUAAAUGAUAGUGUUAAAAUACAAUAAUGUAAAUAAAAUAAUUUUAGAUGAAGACGUUGAUUUUAAACAUUAAAAUUUUAUAUUUUAACAUUAAGAAUCAACAUUUUAACAUUUGACAGAGAACUGUUUAGUCUCAUUUUUAUUUAGUACAUGUUUUUGUAAUGUUAUUUUUAGAUAUUGCUGUAACGUUAUUUUGUCAGUGUUUGUCUGCGUUACAUUAACCCACACACUUUUAUAAACGUUAUAAUGCUGUAAUACAGUAUAAACCUCA